AUGCGGUGCUUCCUCAAACUCUUUCAACUCCUCUACCUUCUUUUGUUCCUCCUCAAUUUUCAAUCUAGUCUUUCAUCUCGUUCUUCUCCAAUACGACAGUUGUGCUCUUUUGAAGAAGCUUCUGCAUUGAUCCAAUUCAAGAGCUCUUUUCCCAUCAAUUGUAAUUGGGGUCCUGCUUGUGGGAAAUAUUAUCCUAAGACAAAUUCAUGGAAGGAGGGUUCGGAUUGUUGCUCAUGGGAUGGGGUCACUUGUGAUAACAUCAAAGGUCAAGUGAUUGGCCUUGACUUGAGUUGCAAUUGUCUAUAUGGUAGCUUCCCUUCCAAUAGUAGUCUCUUCCAUCUUCCGCACCUGCAGAAACUCAACCUAGCCUUCAACUAUUUUAACUUUUCCAAAAUGUCCACUAACUUUGGUCGGUUUACGAGUCUGUUGCAUCUUAACCUUUCUUACUCCUUGACAGGACAAGUCCCAUCCCAAGUCUCCCACUUGUCAAAAUUGGUUUCACUUGAUCUGUCACGAAAUUAUCUUCAAACGCUUGACAAACAUACUUUUGAAGGACUUGUUGAGAACUUAACAGAGGUGAGACAACUAUUUCUAGAUGGAAUCAAUAUGUCUUCUAUUAAUCCUAAUGUCUUGAUGAAUCUAUCCUCAUCUUUAAGGACUCUUAGUCUCAACGAUUGUGAUUUGCAAGGAAAAUUCCCCGAAAAUAUUUUUCGUCUCUCGCAACUCAAUGAUUUAGGCUUGUCAUGGAACUAUUUUAGUGGUCGAAUUCCAUCCUCAAUUAUAAACCUAAGACAACUUGAAUUCUUAGACAUUAGUAAUAAUCAACUAGAGGGUUCCAUUCCCGAUGCCUUUCCUAAUCUAAUCUCUCUAGACUUAUCUUCUAAUUUACUCAAUGGAACACUUCCCUCAUGGUUGUAUACUGUUUGCACACUGAAGCAUAUAUAUCUCAACGAUAACAAGCUCAGUGGUGAUAUCAAGGAAUUCCAGUGCAAAUCACUAGAAGAGAUCUCCUUAGGGAAUAAUAAACUCAAAGUUCCUAUUCCAUCUUCCAUAUCCCAUCUUGUGAACCUUACACUUGUCGACUUAUCAAAUCUGAUUGGUGUUGUAGAGGUUGACAUGUUCUCAAAACUCCAAAAUCUCCAACACCUUGAUCUUUCAUAUAACAGUCUAUCCUUAAGCUCUAAUGGUGGUAGUGCUAAUUAUACAAUGCCAAAUCUUCAAUCUUUAGAACUGUCAUUUUGCAAUGUCAAUGAAUUUCCUCAAUUUUUAAGAGGCUCAGAACGUUUAGAAUAUUUAGACCUUUCCAACAAUAGAAUUCAUGGCAAGAUACCCGAGUGGAUGUGGGAUGUGGGGAAGGACUCUUUGUGGAACUUGAAUCUAUCUCACAACUCUUUGACAGAUUGUGAGCAAAUUCCAUGGAAGGAAAUUGUAUAUCUUGACCUUAGCUCCAAUUUCAUUCGCGGAGAUCUUCUGAUUCCACCUUCAACAACAAUGGUGUUUCUUAUCUCAAAUAAUAGUUUGAGUGGAGAGAUCCCUUCUCUGCUAUGCCAUGCAACUAACCUUGAAUAUCUUGACUUGUCUCACAACAACUUGAGUGGAAUUCUUCCACAAUGUCUGGGAAACUUAACCCAAGUCCUUUUUGUGUUGAAUCUACAAAUGAACAACUUUCAUGGACUCAUUCCUCCAGUUUUUACAAAGGAAUGUCCCUUGAAUUAUCUCAACUUGAAUGGCAAUCAAUUAGAAGGGCCUUUACCACAAGCCAUCAUUAAUGAUACAUUUCCUCAAUGGUUGGAAAGUCUCACACAAUUACGAGUUCUUGUGCUGCAUUCGAAUCAACUGCAUGGUUCCAUUCAUGGCCCGUGGUCCAGUCAUUCUUUCUCCAAAAUUCAAAUUUUUGACCUGUCAAAUAAUCAUUUUACAGGACCACUUCCUGUUAAAUAUAUACAAAAUUUCAAGGUUAUGAUAAAUCUCACUGUAGAUGAAAGAGAAAUGUCAUACAUGGGGACCGGGGGUCGUGCUGCUUCUGACUUCUAUAACUAUUCUACUAGAAUUGCAAUAAAAGGACAAGAGAUUGAAUUGGAGAAAAUUUUCUUCAGGUUGACGAGCAUUGACCUCUCAAGUAAUGAGUUUCAAGGUGAGAUUCCAAAGGUUAUUGGAGAGCUUAACUCACUCAAAGAGCUUAACCUUUCUCAUAAUAACCUUCGUGGUUGUAUCCCCACAUCAAUGGGGAAUUUGACCGCACUUGAGUCACUGGAUCUCUCUUCGAACAAGCUUGUUGGGAAGAUUCCUACACAAUUGUCUAGUUUGGGUUCUCUUGAAGUGUUAAACCUUUCACAAAAUCAGCUCGUUGGACCUAUACCUGAGGGAAAGCAAUUCAAUACCUUUGGCAAUGAUUCCUAUGCUAGUAACUUGGGAUUGUGUGGGUUUCCAUUGUCAAAGAGAUGUGACGACACUGAGGCAUCCGUUUUUCAUGAGAAAGAAGAUUCUGAAUCUGGAUUUGAGUGGAAAGUGGCGUUAAUGGGUUAUGGAAGUGGACUAGUGUUCGGAAUAUCUGCAGCAUACAUCAUGUUCACACUUGGAAAGCCAAGAUGGCUUGUAAGGAUGGUUGAAGAAGCAUGCUACAAAUUGAAGAGAUAUCUCAAAGGACGAAGGAAUUUGUAA